GAAGUGGCAUAAUAUGAAAAAUUUAUAUAUAACAGUCAUGUCACAUGGACAUGAGAAUGAUAUAAUAUACACAAAAACUGAAGCCUAUAAUAUUCAAGAUACAAUUAUUAAACCUUUAUUAGCUAAUAAAAAUCUGAAAGAUACUCAAAAGAUUGUGUUGGUGAAUGCUUGUCGGGGUGAUAUUGAUCCACGUCUUGAAGAUGAUGAUUUGGAAUAUGUAGAAACCGAUAUGAAUAAUAUUGAUGUAAAAUUAGUCACUUUUUAUAGUUCACAGAGAGGUUACGUUUCUCUUCUACCUAAGGAUGGUGCAGUUUUUAUUAAAGAAUUCUGUGAACAUUUCGAUAUACCAUUCAAUGAAGUAUCAAUGGAAGAGAUCGCUACACGUAUGGAAACAGUUUUACAGAAAAAAAUGGAUUUCUGUGAGAAAGUUACAGACUAUUGUGCAAAACCAGGUGUUCUACAUAAUAUUAAAAUGGAAUUUAAAAAUUUAGUACCUUACAAAUCUCUUUAUAAAAAAUUUUGUAAUCUUGUUGAACAAUUGAAAAUUGCUGCAAAUGACACUCCGGUCAUUAAAGAUAGAAGUUUGAAUUCUAAUUGAAUUCAAACGAUACAAUGUAUAUUGUAUGUAAAUCCACCAUUAAUGCCAUGAAGCUAUACACCAGAACUGACAGGCUACCCUACAUAGCACUAUCUAAUCUCAAAGCAGUCACUAGCCAUACGGGGAGAUAUGCAGAUCUUAGAUCAGUCAUCGAAUAAUCAGCGAAGUUUGUGAUUACAUAAAUUAGUGAAAGAGAAGGAAGAAACUCUGUAGAAGCCCCCAGCAAAAAAAGAGUAAAAGUGUCUAGUUUGCUUUAACUCGAAAAAACU